AUGGCCGAAUCAAACAAGCGCAAACGCGCCAAAAAACUAGUCCGGGCCAUUGCCAAAGAGCAUGGCUAUCUGGAUGGCGAGUUUUUGCGACGUCUUGAUCCGGAGACACGCCGCGAAAUCGAGGAGGCUCUACUCGAGAAGGAUCAGAUGAUCGGCUCCAGUGUGAUCACACUUGCGAAGAAUUUGUACUCGAGCAAGGCUCGUUUUGUAUUCGAGCUCCUCCAGAACGCCGACGACAAUGAUUGCACGAAGGCAAAACAGGCUGGCUCUGUGCCAUUUGUAUCCUUUCGAGUUUUUCCAGGGAAAAUCGUCCUUGAAUGCAAUGAGGAUAGGUUCAGUUCCAAGAAUCUUACGGCGAUUUGUUCUGUGGGGAAGAGCUCCAAGAACAGCGCCCAAGGCUACAUAGGAGAAAAGGGCAUCGGCUUCAAGUCUGUCUUCAUGAAAGGGGACUCAGGAAUGGGUAUGAUAUCUCCAGUAUGGGAAGAUACCCUUGAAGAGCUGAAGCCGCCAUUGACGCGCAUCACCCUACAUCUUCACGAAGCUAGCGACGAAGCUGCGAGGAUCCGUGAAUCGAUUCGCUCUCAAUUCGAAGAGUUCCAAGCAAAGAUGCUCUUGUUCUUCAAGAACAUCCGAAAAAUCCAGGUUGAGUUCUGCGGCGGCGAAGGUCAACGAAAGUCUUUGGUGACUUACAGCAUCACUGAAUCGAAGGCAGGCCUUGCAACACUGACGAAGAUCAAGACAACGAACAAAAUAUCCAAAACGGAGACCAUUUACUUUCGGUUCAUGCGUCACGCCGCAAAGAACAUGGCGCGAAACGAGAAUAGGACUUAUUCAGAGUCUGAAGAGGCCACUCGAGCGUACUCGAAGUUCGAGGUUAUACUCGCGUUUCCCGUCUCAGAAACAUCAAUUCCUAUCAUCGAGCCCCAAGAGAUCUUUGCCUUCCUCCCCGUAAGGCCAGUCGGGUUCAACUUCCUUAUUCAAGCCGACUUUGUCACGGACGCAAGCAGGCAGGACAUUGUUAAGGACUCUCUUCGCAACGCAAACCUCUUGAAUGCUAUCGCUGAGGCGUUUGUCGCCGCGGCGUUGGGAAUCUGCGAACAUGGGCCCUUGCGUUUAGUAACCAAGAUCGAGAAAACUCUCCAGAAGGCGCCUGCUUUCUACGACCACAAAGGCUCUGGUGGAAGAUUGCUUAGCGAGCUAGUCCGAGUCACUCCUGACACGGUUGACGAAAAUGAACAGCCUCUGCUAGAUGACGGUGAACCAGCAGAGAUCAUUUCCCGGCGUUAUGAAGAUGCAGAUCUUGCUGUUCUAGAAUCAUAUGGGCUACAGCGCACCAAGUUCACUCACUUCUUGCGGUGGUUGAAUGCAGAUCUCGACGACGAAGAUACGUCGCGAAUUAUGUCUGGAAGCAUGACCAAACAUUGGCACGAGAAGAUGGCAAAAAAGCCGUUACAAGCUUUCACCAAACAAUACACUUCACACAUGGAGGAUAUCAAGGAGAUAGACCUCAUACCCCUCGAAGAUGGCACAUGGGUCUCCACAGACUCGGAGCCAGUCUAUUUUCCCCGCUUUGAGGACCUGGAAAUUCCUGUCGACAUUGGUAUUAAUCUUCUCUCACCGGCAGUGAAGAAUUCAAGUAGGCUUCGUCUUUUCGAAUUUCUGAGGGUGAAAGAUGCCACACUCAAAUUGGUGCAACAGGCUAUCGCAGAUCUAUACGAGGACGACGAAAGUCUGGAGGAACUUUCCUUGAAAGCUUCAAAACAGCACCUCGAGUUUCUGUACAUGACUGAUCACUUGAAAGGCGGAACUUGCGUCGUUGACCUUCCAGUUUUCGACUAUGACGGCAUUCUUCAGACUUGGACAACGGAUGAAUUGUACCUUGCGGACGACGACAUUUGCAAUCUUUGGGAAGUCUUCGAGGAGACUGACCCAGGUCCAAACCCCGGCGACGGUGCACCGGGCUACGGUGUCUCAUUUCUCGACGACCAUUACUUCAAUGACGAGCCAGCCACACCGAAAGGUCAAACAAAGUCGUGGAGUACUUGGCUUAUCAAAUAUGCGCACGUUCGAGAGUACGUGGAUUUUCGUCCAGAGGCAGGUACCCUCAGUCUGGAGUAUGACGCACAGUACAUUCAGAAACACAGACCAGAUAAGUUCAUGGAGUGUCUGCUCCAAUUAAACGGAGCUCAAGAUGAGGUCCUCUCAUCCGACACCAUCACUUGUCUCAGGGAAACGAAGGUACUUUGCCGAGGAAACCGCCAGAUUCCUCUAAAGAAAGCCUACUUCCCUGUAAAAAGACUUGAGAGACGCGUUGUACAGUUUCUUGAGGAAAACAUAUUCUUUCCCUGGAUUUGGGUCAAAGAAACCGAGGUUGUCGAGGAGAUUACGCCAAAGUGGAAACCAUUACUUUCAGAUCUCAACGUCGGCCGUCCUAACAGCGACCUCGAGUUUGCUCUCACUAUGCUCAAGUAUUCAAAAGAAGCCUUCUCGCCCUCUCUGAAUUCGACAAGUGUCGCUAGGUUAUUUGAAUUGUAUCAACACAUUCAGAUGCAGUACACAGAAAGCAAGAACCGAGUCGCCGCGGCGGAAAGUAUACGAUUCUGCGUCUUCGUUCCAGUUUCGAGUAAGAAAGUCUUAUGGGUGUCGCCAGACAAGUGUGUCUGGAAUGCUCCGCAACCCAUGGAGAGCAAGUUUGAUCUAGAACGGCUCUAUCAGCCCUGGCUCAGUGGCGACGAUGUGGACAGCUCUAUUCUCACGGCACAAUUCGAGAAUGAGGCACUGAUCUACUUUUAUUCAGUCGAUGAGGCAUCUUGGUUCGAUACGUCGGAAUGUGUAUGGUCUAGGGCGACCAAGUUGAGAGGGAAAGUGUCUGUCGCCGACGACUAUGAAGAUCUUGAAGAGUUUUUCGUCGAUUACCUAGGUGUCAAAGAAGUGGAUCUCUCGAUGGCCAUUGAGGAGUUGGAAGACGCAGCUUCCUCGGGAUCUGAAGCGGUAAUAACGGAAAUCAAGGAAUCGAUUUGGGUUGUCAACUCGCUACUCUCGUCGGUUUCAAUUCCUCCUAGCCCCAAGAGUCUAUCAAAGUCUCCGAUAUUCCCCGUCAGGUGUCCAGACGGGAAUGUUAAAACCGAAAGCGUAAGCACGGAGUUCUGCAUUAUCGAUCGGGAGCCGCUCGAGGCCUCAUUUAAGAGCAAGGUGAAGCUUCUUGACUUUACGUUGAAGGAGGUCGCUCAGCUGCGUCCCUUCAUCGAAUGGAUACGCCUGCAAGAUCGAUUCAUUUCACGCUGCGUCAAGGAAAUCACCUCUUUCGACUGCGGAACGUCCACGCCAACUCCAACGUUGAACCCAGAGCGGCAAAUUCGAAAUCGAGCACACGCUCUCCUCAGAGUCGCUGCGCACUUUGACAGCCCUCGUUGCCAAAGCAAAAAAGACACAGACUCGUUCUAUGAUAUCCUAUUAUCAGCACAAAUAUUUGAGACGGAUAGGAUCUCUUCAGACCUGCGCCUAGUUCAAGAUGGCACUCCCCAUGUGGUCAAGGGCAAAAAGACAACCCUGCACAUUGACGAAGAGAACUCGAGCUUGAAGGUCUACCUUCCUCGAGACAGAGAAGAUCAUAAGUACAUGUUUUCCAACGUCUUACCGCAAAAGCUUCUAGAAUGGAUGAUGAGACACCCGGUCACACACAUUUCCCAAGAUGUCACGAACGGCAGCUUAGAUGCGAUCAAAAACAUUAUGCUGGCGCCGCUAUCCUUGAUCACCAGAGCUCUCCAAGAUAGCGGUAUAGCUCAGAUUGAAGUUGCAAACCGCGACGAGGCCAUGGCAUCAGAAAUGGUGUUUUCGGAACCGACGGCCUCGAUUUCCCGUAGCGGAGACAACACCGGCUCGGUUUAUAAUGGACCACACCCAUCGAACUUCAGCCGACUAUAUUCCCUCGAUUCCACCAGCUCAGAGGACUUGAUCAACCGGGAGGUCUCGGUGACAGUCAUUUCUUCCUCGCAGCGGCGUUCCAACGCCUCGCCCCCUAGACUCGUCCAGCGUGUACUGCCGAUGCCUUCGCCUGGGGGAAUCCAGAAUGAUACCACCAACAACACCCGCUACGUUUCUCUCUUGGACAAUGUCAUUUCCGCAGGGCGUAGAAGACGGGUCAACGGGCUGCCAGUCUGUGGGACGUUCAACAUGAGCCAGCUGCAAGACAAUCUGCCAGCCUCUCGUGGAGACACAGAUUUUGGUUUACGCUCGGCGCCUCAGAUCGAAAGGGACUGCAAGAUUGGCGCAGCGGGUGAACUCUUCGUCUAUGAGCUCUUGUCCCAUUUGUAUGAGGACAACUCUCCUCUGCCGCAGCUGCCUGGCUUCUCAAGAAGCAGCUGGCAGAGCACUAUCCGCAAGUAUGUGACAGUACAUCCAGAGUAUGCAAAUAUGUCGCCAUGGAGUGGCCGAGAGACCUCGGAUAUUGUAUAUCAGGACACCAGCAACAGGUUGACGGCCCUCUUCAUCGACAAGGGCUACCUCCAGGAGCAACCGCGGGGCUCGAUUGGUGGUGGUCUCAAUUACUUCAUCGAGGUUAAGACAACUACCAUGGCGUGUGAGACACCAUUCUACAUGAGCAAAGCUCAGUAUCAAAGAAUGAGAGAUCAAGUCAUCACAGAAAACAGCGACACGGUCUACGUCAUCUUCAGAGUCUACAACCUCGGACAAGUAAACAUGGGUUACAAGGUGUACCUGGAUCCAGAGACAUUGAGAAGGUCUGAGCAGUUGAAGUUCACCGCCGAGACUUGGUCUGUUAUUCCGGGCUGAGGCUGCGUUGAAUGUCGGGGUACUUGACUUCAAUACCGGACGGACUCAAGAGAUUUCUCAAACUUGAGUUGAGUUGUUGGUCUAAGCAAAACGAGUUUGAC